AUGGCUGCUAACAAGAGGAGGAGAAGUAGUGGUGCUGAUGACAUCGCGGAGGCGAUUCACCGGAUGAUGGAUGCGAUGCAGCCACCUGUAGCGGCGCAGCCUAGGACGGCGAUUGCACCAGUUAGGGUGCCAACUGUGGAGGAUUUCCUACGCCACAAGCUAGCAGAGUUCACUGGUAAGGCCUCCCCUGAUGAAGCAGAUGCAUGGCUCCGCAAGUGCGAGAAGAUUUUUAGGGUGAUGAAUUGUGAGGAUGAGCAGAAGCUGCUCUUUGCUACCUAUCUGCUGAAUGAGGAUGCAAAGUAUUGGUGGACAGGUAUGCAACAACAGAUGGAGACUCGGGAGGAGCCGACUACCUGGGAAAACUUCAGGACUCGUUUCCUGGAGAAAUAUUUUCCAAAUACUGCUAGACAGGAUCGGGAGGCAGAAUUCCUUGCACUGCAGCAAGGAGAUAUGUCAGUACAGGAGUACGUCAACAAAUUUGAACAUUUGGCAAGAUACUCCUCACAAAAUAUGACUGAGGAGUGGAGGUGCUUGAAGUUUGAGCGAGGACUCAAACAUAAGUUGAAGAAGGUGGUGACGCCUCUGAGAGAGAGGAGAUUCUCGGUCUUGGUGGAACAGGCCAAGAGUGCUGAACAUUUAGAGAAGGGCCUCAGUCCUAUUUUGAGCCGACAUUAG